AUGAAGCUCUUACAGAUGAUGCUCAUAAGCAGCCUGGCUGGACUAGUCAUUGCCGGCUGCAAUGUGAACUGGUCACUCAAGCAGGCACGUUGUGCUGGCUACAGUCAGCCUAUCAACGCACUUACGGCAAAAACGGUAUGGGGAGAGAAGUGUCGUGCAUACAGCAAUACAGCGUUGCCCGACUUCCAACCCAUCUCGUGAGUUUUCUGGCCUCCUGCGCCCUGAUUCACUGCUAACGGCCGACUCUACGCCGCAGUGGCAGUGCGGUCAGUGCUACUGUGGAAUGCACGUGAGACGGCUGCCCUACAGAUGUGUGCGCAUAACGAGGCUCGAAGCUCACGUUAAUGACGCACACAUUCAUCACAGAUACGUGGAGGGUAUCAACGGCAUCCCUACUGAGAUCAGCGGUGCUCGUAAGAUUGCCGAUCAGCUCUGCUGGUCACACGACUAGUCAGUCUUGCACCGACUGCGAGACCUGCCACAGUCACUCCAGUGUGUGUGCGUCGAUCAGUCAAUCAUUGCAGACCUUAUGAUGUUGCUCACGAGCGUCCAACCUGUUCACCUCCAGUCGAUGAGUGUACAAGGAUGCGCCCAUAA